UCGCCGGCUAUCCAGCGGCUGCGCCCCGCGCCUCGCCCAUGGCUGAGGGCAGGCGGCGGGAGGACGAAGAAGAAGAGCUGCGCGAGCGCCGCGAGCUUGGUGGCCAGCGCCGCGCCCGGGGCCGUGCGCUCUCGGGCCAUUCGGCCGCAGAUCGCAACGAACGAAAUAAACCAGAACAUCGUUCUUCAAGCCAAGGACCCUUGUCAUCCAUUAGAGCAGUAAUCAAGAGAUCUUCUCGGACUUCUAUUCAGAGUGAGCUUCAUCGGGAUAGAAGGCGCCCAGAGAUCACCAUUGUGGCAGCUGAGCCACUGAGACCAGCCUCGUGGUUUCCGGGAACCCCACACCCAGGUCUGGGAUUUCCUGCAUCAUCUGCAGCAGGCCCUUGGAGGCCUAAUGAGCUGGUUCCUGCUGAGCUCCCACCAUCUUAUGAACAAGUUAUAAAAGAAAUCAACCAAGUUCAAGUUAAUACAACAAAUAAUAAUAAUGCUGCUGCCACUCCAAGGCACACUAUUACUUCUGCAACUCAGACUGACUUUUCAGAAGAAAUAGACAACGAUCUGCCUCAAACACUACAGGCACCUCUCAAGCCUCUUCAGCCUUUCCCAGCAGUCUCAUCUGGCAAUCUUCCAACAAAUGUGGCACCGUUAAUAGUCUUUGAUAUUUCCGAAGAACAGAAUUGUCCGGAAAACCCCAGUGCUACAAGAUGUCCAGUGCCAAAACCAAGAUCAAAAGGCAACCUCAGACCAGUUGCCAGAGAUUCUCACAUUAAAGAGCAAAGUCACCAGAAAAUCAGCCCAGCAGCCAUAGGAGAGGAGUCAUCCCCAGGCCAACCCCAGUCUCUGCUGGACAACACUAGCACCUCAGACAGUCAGGCAGUAAUGAACAUUAUGAACACGGAACAAAGCCAAAAUAGUAUUGUUUCCAAAAUCAAAGUGUUUGAGGAUCAGACAACUAUAGAAACCUCAGGACUACCCAAGAAACCAGAAAUUACUCCACGUUCACUUCCUCCAAAGCCUACUGUUUCCUCAGGGAAACCUUCUGUGGCUCCCAAACCAACUGCUAACAGAGCUUCUGGAGAGUGGGACUCUGGGACUGAGAACAGGCUCAAGGUGACCUCCAAGGAAGGGCUCACCCAAUACCCUCCCCUGCAAGAAGCAGGAAGCAUCCCAGUAACCAAACCUGAAUUGCCAAAGAAACCAAACCCUGGCCUUAUACGAAGUGUUAAUCCGGAGAUUCCGGCAAGAGGGCCCCUGGCUGAGAGCUCUGAUAGUGGGAAGAAAGUGCCAACUCCUGCCCCGCGGCCUUUGCUGCUGAAGAAAUCUGUUUCCUCAGAAAACCCCACCUAUCCCACAGCUCCACUGAAACCUGUCACUGUUCCUCCCCGACUCUCAGGGGCAUCACAAGCCAAAGCAUACAAGUCCCUGGGAGAAGGACCCUUGGCCAACCCCCCAGUUCCAGUUCUGCAGAGCAAGCCCUUGGGGGACAUCGAUCUCAUCAGCUUUGAUGAUGAUGUUUUGCCCACCCCAUCGGGGAACCUGGCUGAAGAAUCUGUUGGUUCAGAGAUGGUUCUAGAUCCCUUUCAGCUCCCUGCAAAAACAGAACCAAUAAAAGAACGAGCAGUUCAACCAGCACCCACCAGGAAGCCCACUGUAAUUCGAAUUCCAGCCAAACCAGGAAAAUGUAAGCACUUCUCUGCUUUCUUUAUUUGCUUCUUCAAGAGCUUGGGAGAAAUAUAUGCUAAUUUAUCAAUGUCUGCUUUUGAAGAAUCCAACCACACAGGUCAAACAGGAGGUUUUGUGCGAGGACCAAGGUUGCCACUGAGGCCUGUGAAUGGAAAAGCCAUUCCAACUCAACAGCCUCCAACCAAGGCGCCCCCUGAGAGACCACCUCCCCCAAAGCUUUCGGCAACCAGAACAUCUAAUAAGAAACUGCCUUUUAAUCGAUCCUGUUCCGACAUGGAUCUUCAGAAAAAACAAAGUAACUGGGCAACUGGACUCUCAAAAGCCAAAAGUCAGGUUUUUAAAAAUCAAGAUCCGGUGCUACCCCCUCGCCCGAAACCAGGACACCCUCUCUACAGUAAAUACAUGCUGUCUGUGCCUCAUGGAAUUGCCAAUGAAGACAUUGUCUCGCAAAACCCUGGAGAACUCUCUUGUAAGCGUGGGGAUGUACUUGUGAUGCUGAAGCAGAUGGAAAAUAAUUACGUGGAGUGCCAAAAGGGAGAAGACACUGGCAGAGUUCACCUGUCUCAGAUGAAGAUUAUCACUCCACUUGAUGAACAUCUUAGAAGCAGACCAAACGAUCCAAGCCAUGCUCAGAAGCCUGUUGGCGGUGGUGCUCCUCAUGCUGUCGUUCUUCAUGAUUUCCCAGCAGAGCAAGUUGAUGAUUUGAGCCUCACUUCUGGAGAAAUUGUUUAUCUUCUGGAGAAGAUAGAUACACACUGGUACAGAGGGCACUGCAGGAACCAGACUGGCAUAUUUCCUGCCAACUAUGUCAAAGUGAUUAUUGAUAUUCCAGAAGGAGGAAAUGGGAAAAGAGAAUUUGUUUCAUCUCAUUGUGUUAAAGGCUUAAGAUGUGUUGCUCGGUUUGAAUAUAUUGGAGAGCAAAAGGAUGAGUUGAGUUUCUCAGAGGGAGAAAUUAUUAUUCUUAAAGAGUAUGUAAAUGAGGAAUGGGCGAGAGGAGAAGUUCGUGGCAGACCUGGGAUUUUCCCCCUGAACUUUGUGGAGCCUGUUGAGGAUUAUCCCACCUCUGGUGCAAAUGUUUUAAGCACAAAGGUACCACCAAAAACCAAAAAAGAAGAUUCUGGCUCAAACUCUCAGGUUAACAGUCUUUCUGCAGAAUGGUGUGAAGCUCUUCACAGUUUUACAGCAGAGACCAGUGACGACUUAUCCUUCAAGAGGGGAGACCGGAUCCAGAUUCUGGAACGUGUGGAUUCUGACUGGUGCAGGGGCAGACUGCAGGACAGGGAGGGGAUCUUCCCAACAGUGUUUGUGAGGCCCUGCCCAGCUGAGGCAAAAAGUACAUCGGCCAUCAUACUGAAGGGGAGGAAGGCGAAAGCCUUAUAUGAUUUCCAAGGGGAAAAUGAAGAUGAGCUUUCCUUCAAGGCUGGAGAUAUAAUAACAGAGCUGGAAUCUGUAGAUGAUGACUGGAUGAGUGGAGAACUGAUGGGAAAAUCUGGAAUAUUUCCCAAAAAUUACAUACAGUUUCUGCAAGUCAGCUAGAGGAGAAGCUUGACUGUGUUCCUUGGCACAAGAACUCACUUGAAGUAUCACCUUGACUAUCAGAUAUGUUUUUGCACUAUUUUUUUAACUGAAAAAGAAAUAUCUAAGCUGUACAUAGUACACUAGAAUUUUCUGAAAGCAGAAAACUUCUAGAUUUUGUAGUUAGCUUUCAUUACAGUAGAAACAUGCACAUGGAAACCCAUGAGCUAGGAUUCUACCAAGGAAAACAUCUAGCGGGAUUAGCAAGGCAAAGGGAAAGCCUCUGGUGGCAUGGCAGCAUGGGGAGGCUCACACGCAGAAGUUGCGCGUGGACAUCUAUUUUAUUCAGCACAAGUGAAUUAACCAUGCUUCUUCAUUUUUUUACUUUAGUUUAAAAAGAGGACAUUUGAUAUUCUACAUGCUUAGACAUGGACAUGAUUAGUAAUCUAAAUUUCAUUUUUGAUAUUCGAAUUAAUUCUUACAGCUUGAGGAUGUCAGCCUUAUUACCAGAGCAAAUCCUUUUUUCAGGCAGGAUAGUUUACUGACUAGUUGGAUCAUUUGUAAGCACAUUGCAAAAUCAACCCGUGCCCACCAAACAAUCCUUAUGUUACCAAGUGAUCCCAUUUGUCCAAGGAUUUGAAGGGGGUCAAAAUUGGAUGUAUCUUACUUAGUCUAAAGAAUCACAACCAUCCUUGAAAUGCCUUGCUAAUACAACUAAUCCUUCCAUACACGUGCCAUACUUAUUUCUUUCCUCAGUGUAUACUUUAUGUUAACAAGGUUAUUACAAAGCACAUUUUCUGAAUCUGCAAUCAUUCCUUUGACAAUUACUGGACCCAAAGGAAAAUUCAUUUUCUUUGCAUUAUUCCAGUAAUACAUAAAAACUGUGUCUUGUUAUCAUAGUACAUUAUGAAUCACAUAUAAAAUCUUAGAAUACAGAACGACUGUUCAGAUGGAAAGUAGUGCCAAACCUCCACAGCUCAUUUCUUUGUAAUAUAAUCAGAAUGAAAAAUAAUUUAAGAAGACAGAAGGCUGGUACUUUUUUUGUUUUAUUUUUUCCCUAGCUCAUUCCUGCACAAUUAUUAGAGUAAAUGAAAAACCACUUUCCUGCUUUCCAUUCUUAUAAAUUCUAAGCUUAAGAUAAAGAAGUGGCUCUUUACAUUACUCAAUCAAUUACAGUUUAUGGGCUAGAGUCAAAUAGGUUGAAGACAAUCUUCCAAACAGAUCAAUGGAAUCGAAUUUCAUUGGAAAUGUAAAACACUUUCCCAACAAUGUUCAUGACUUUCUUCUAUUUUUGAGAAGAGUUUCAUAUGCUGGACCACGUUUUAGCUUUUAUUGCUUUUUUUCCCAUUGUCCAAAAAGUUAGGCAACCAAUGGCUACACUUUUACAUGAAUACCACCUGGAGUUAUGCAAGGAAGGUAGUAUUUACUUUGUCUUUGACUGAAGUUCUCUCCCCAUUCUAUGGGUACAUAUUAUUUUGGACUUUGGAGACUUAUAACAUGUUUUGAUAAAGAAGAGAGUAUAAAGAAAAUUCUUGUCAAAUUUCACGCAAAAGUAAUUUCAUGAGAAGUCAGUGAUUUAAAGCAUUAUCCAAAUUCUUAUUUGCAGCCAACUGUACAAUAGCAAGAAGGGUAUGGUAUGGGACAUGAGGUAUAUAUCUUUGCCUUUAUAACUUUAACAUCUUAUAUUGAAGAUUUUGAAAGCCUAUCUUUAUUAGAGGAAAAUCUCCAUCUUAAAUUUUGGCCUUCUGUCACCAGAAUGAUAAGUGCAAUAGUUUUAAAUCUACUUGACACUCUAAUAAACUGAACUGAACUUUCAAAGUC